AUGUUUAACACCUUAAAGAGCAGGGCCAUCGUGUCAGGAGCUGUUGCUAAAGAAUUUACCCGUGGGAGAAGGGUAACUGCCCAAGUUAAUGAUGCCACUCAAAAGAUUGUGAAUCAAUUAUCUGUCUUGUCAGCCAGUAAAAAACAACCAAAACUUUUAAAAUUCUGUCCUGAAGAUAUAAUAAAACAUAGAACAAUCAUGAAUGCAUGGAAGUUGGUCAAACGUAGAAAACAACAAAAGCAACAGGAACAAUUAGCUAAACAAUAUAAUAGUAUUUAUAAUGCUAUGGAAGAUUUAAAGAAUUCAAGACCUGAUUUAUAUGAAAUUGCUAAUUCAAAGGAAAAGAGAUUUAGAUUCCCAUUAGAGAUGAGAGUUCCUACUGAAUAUCCACCUAAUGAUCCUUGGGUUUAUGAUUAUUCUCCACCUGAAUAUGCAAGACGUUAA